CAUACGCCCCGUCGUUCGGGCACAGUCUUCAUUGCCUCUCGGAGGCGUUCGCACCGCAGUCGCUCGGUUCCCCCACAAAGCAUAAGGCACACAAGUCCUCUGGCGAAAUGAUAGUUUUCGGAUCCUGUCGUUUUUUGUGUGACGGUUUCUGAUAAAUCCUUUUUUGACUGAGAUCUUAAGCCAUAAACAUACACUUUCUAAUAAAUUUUUGCUGAAAAAAAAUCCAAAAGUGAUAAAAUAUAUUAAACGACGUUAAUAUUGUGACACUGGCAACAGCAACUAAAUGUAUGUUUGAAAAGCAGCUACGGAUCGGUCCAUAAAUCAAGGCCAGCACAGCACUUCGGGCCCUAAUAGUGCACUCCUUGGAAAUUAAUUAUUAAUGCAUCUGCCGGGAACACUUUCUGCCGCUGGCCUUGGCAGCCGAUGCGAGUGCUCGGAGUGACAGCCUGCAAUCGUCUAUUGUGAUUACCGCAGCAACAGCAGCAACAGCAACAGCUGCAGCAGCAACAAUGGCCAGUGGCAACAAUGAAACUGCGCCGCUCUACUGCGGCAGCGGCAUGGACAAUUUCCACACAAGCUACAAAAACAUGCAUGGCUACGUUUCCCUGGUGGUGUGCAUCCUGGGAACCAUUGCGAACACCCUGAACAUCAUAGUCCUGACCCGACGGGAGAUGCGAUCGCCCACAAACGCCAUCCUCACGGGCCUGGCGGUAGCCGAUCUGGCGGUCAUGCUCGAGUACAUACCCUACACCAUACACGACUACAUCCUUACCGACAGCCUGCCGCGGGAGGAGAAGCUCAGCUACAGCUGGGCCUGCUUUAUCAAGUUCCACUCGAUCUUCGCCCAGGUCCUCCACACCAUAUCCAUCUGGCUGACAGUGACCCUGGCCGUCUGGCGGUACAUAGCAGUGGGCUACCCCCAAAAGAACCGCGUGUGGUGCGGCAUGAGAACCACAAUCAUAACGAUAACCACGGCGUAUGUGGUGUGCGUCCUGGUGGUGUCCCCCUCGCUGUAUCUGAUCACGGCGAUCGCUGAGUAUGUGGACCAGCUGGAUGCUCAGGGCAAGGUAAUAGGCUCGAUCCCGAUGACACAGUAUGUUAUCGACUACCGCAACGAGCUCCUCCAAGGCGUCAAGGUGGCUGCCCUGAAUACUUCGCUGCUCGAACCGGCUGCGAACGAAACCCUGUGGCUGAAUGUGAGUGCUCUCAUAACCUCGACCACCACCACGGCUGCCCCGCCCACUGCCACGCCGGUGGUGCGAAACGUGACGGUCUAUAGACUGUACCACAGCGACCUGGCGCUCCACAACAGCUCCCUGCAAAACGCCACCUUCCUGAUAUACAGCGUGGUGAUCAAGCUGAUUCCCUGCAUUGCCUUGACCAUCCUCUCGGUGCGCCUGAUCCUGGCCCUACUGGAGGCCAAGCGGCGGCGGAAGAUGCUCACCAGCAAGCCGGCAGCAGCUGCCACGGCGGCCAGUAACGGGACCAAAUCCACGAACGGCAAAGCGGCCGAUCGCCCCAGGAAGAAUAGCAAGACCCUAGAGAAGGAGAAGCAAACGGACCGCACCACAAGGAUGCUCCUGGCGGUGCUACUACUCUUUCUCAUCACGGAGUUCCCGCAGGGAAUCAUGGGACUCCUCAACGCCCUGCUGGGAGAAGCCUUCUACUUCCAAUGCUACCUAAGACUGAGCGACCUUAUGGACAUCUUGGCUCUGAUAAACUCCAGCAUUAACUUCAUACUCUACUGCUCGAUGAGCAAGCAGUUCCGCACCACAUUCGCGCUGCUUUUCCGACCCAAGUUCUUGGACAAGUGGCUCCCUGUGGCCCAGGACGAAGUGGUGGCCGUCCGGGCGGAGCGCUCUACUGUGGCCCCCGCCCUGACAAAGGGCCAGCAGAGGCCGCAGCUGGUGGUGGCUACCACAACCACCAAUAUCACACAGGUGACGAAUCUGUAGCACAGGAAUCGUCGAGGCAACAGCCGCAGCUUGCUCAGCCGGCUGCUCAGCGUCCUGAAGCUGCGGCGUGUGGAAACCCGAGGUCCUGUGGCCGAUGGCGGAGAGGCGCUGGAUCCAUCACUGCAAUUCCAGGCGAUUGUUGUGGUUGUGGACAAGGCGAGUGGGGCGACGGAGAACCAGCUUUUCACGGCGGAACAGGCUCGCACUGUAACGUAACUCAUACAAAUUCGCAGGUGUUUCCUUUUGGAGGCAACAGCUACAUUUAGGAAUCGGGCAUCGAGUUGGUUUAUAGCUUAGAGCCUGCCAGGAGAGCACUCCUCUCAAGAGUGCCAGCCAUCAAAAUGUUAUUGAAACGUUCAGCUCUUCCACAAAAAUCAAAUCAGAGUCGUUUAAGCUGGUCGGCUUUGAAAAUUUAAACAAUUUUGAUGUUGAUUUCAUUCUGCUUCGGCUCUAAAUGCCAUUUGUAAUAUGCGAGCUUGCUCGGCAUCCAACUAACAACACUCAAACUACGAAUUUUUGCAACGAUUUAAGCAGAAUAUUGGAAAAUAAUGUACAUAUACGUAGGAUAAAUAAUUGAAUUAAAGUACGCCAGGAAUGCCUGGCGAAUAGUUUAUAACUUUAGUUGAGGAAUCUUAAAGGCAACCCUUAAAUAAUUCAGUUGCUGUGCACUGAGAUAGUUGAGUAAAAUUAAUGGAAAUUCUUUGGUAUUUGGAAUUGUAUUUGGGCUGUGAACGAUACAUAAUAUUGCUUGCCUUGGUUUCCCAAACUCUGUUCUGGGUCCUACGUUCAUGUAAUUUAGUUUAACCCCUUCCCAGGUCAUUGCAGCUCCGAUACAUGCAUCUCUUUUGGGAUAAUUUAAAUCAAAGUUCCGACCAAGAGCAGCUGCGAAAAGAGACAAAUGGCCAGCAACCGCAUAAAUUACGACGAUUGAAGUAUUUGCAAUUGAGCCCCGACAAAUACAUUCAAUCUCGUUAAUAAUGAACAAAUAAAUCAACCGCGAAAGCACGUACACGUUAAAAAUAAGCACGGCCUCUUGUGUGAAGCUAAAUGUAAUUAUUUGCCUCGGCGCAGCUUGUUUUCAGUGCUGAUUAAUUAGCUGUAAACUAUACUCAAAUAACGAUAGAUUUAAUUAAACUAUAAUGUUGCCACUCGCUUGCUGAAAGUAAGCAUUAAUAAUAGAUUAUUGUUGUUUGUUGUACAUGCGCGGUAGUACUCUCUCGCAUGGGUAAGUGUGACUACUCAAUUACCAAGUUAAGUUUUUAUAAAUAAACUCGUUUCAAUGCUAAAUUCCUAGCCCUAAGAUAAUUAAAUCAAUAAAAUAAAGCGGAACCUAUGAGAGGAA